UUGCCCCCAUUGAUGGGCAUGACCUGCAAGUUACCAAUGGACCAUACUCAAGUGUGAUGGCCAUGAUUGCACAAAACCAACGUAGCCCUUCUCUUUCUCUUGCCACUUCUUUUGCUUUUUCAUAUUACUUCCUUUCUUGCCUGUACGUCCUCUGUUUCUUUCUUUCUUUCUUCCUUCCUGUCGUCCAAUAAUCAACCGCCAACCCCACCUGAAAAAGCGGGAACUCUACUUUUUCUGUAUUAUUUUCUUUUUCCUUUUCCUUUUGUCAAUGGAAAAAAAACCGCCACCAAAAUAAAGCAACUGCCUGCCCAAUUUUGUUUCUCUAAUUUGACUCUCUCUAACUGGUUGCAGUACCAGACACAAUAGUUUCCUCAUAUUUUUCAAAAGCAAAAAUAAAAUCCAAAUAAACCAAGAAAGAAAAUAAAAAAACAUGGCAAAAGAGCAAAAGGAAAGCUCUGCAUCAAUUAUCAACACCACCCUACAGGCCCAGGACAAAGAAGAAGAGGGAGAACUGGACUUGGGAUCCGACGAGGCUGACACUCCUUUACCUCUCACUGUCACUUCCCGGGUAUUGUAUAUGUUGGGAGAUAUAACAUCGGGUCCAGCAUAUCGGUUUGCGCAAUGGCUGGAAUUGGUUCGUAAGAGAAGUGUGAAACAUCACGCCUCUGGGUUUCCUCGCCGCCCUCACGGGCUUGACACUAUGACCUCUGGUGCUAGAGAAUUGCUUAUUGAUCCAAAGAGUGAUCCCCCUCCUGAACAAGCUUCAGAGAUCAGUUUAUGGGAAAGGCUUGGUAAAGCAGCAAUAUUGGACAUUGAGUCGAGCUCUUUUUCUUGGGACAUGCUCUCUUCACUCCACCACACUGAGCAUAGCAGUAGCACCGAACAAUCUGAAGAUGAAAUGAAUAAAGCACUUGAGGUAACUGUAAAUUCUGGGGGAGUUGUCUUUUUUGCUUUAUUCAACCAGCCUGGAAUCAAUGAUGCUCUUCCUAAGGAAGCAGCAGCAGUCAUAAAAUUUUCAUCUUCAAGGAUGGCCACACAGUCAGAACGUCUUGGCUAUGAAUUUGCGAAGUGGUUAGGAGUUAGAACUCCACAGGCUAGAGUCAUUCAUAAUUGCAGUGCUGAGUGGCUCCAGAUUAAGGAGGCUGCUGAAAAAGCAAGAGACACAGCAGCUUCAGAAGGAGAUGAAGUUGGUGAAGUCACGUGUUCGGAACUUCUGGAAGCUCUUGAACUUAGCCGAUGCCUUCUUCUAAUGAGUUAUAUUCAUGGAUCUCCUUUGUUGGAAAGUUCAACUGCAUUUGAGUCUCGUGAAACUGCAACAGCUCUUGGUAGGGUCUUGAUGUUGGACCUUGUCAUCAGAAAUGAAGAUAGAUUGCCUUGCCGACAACUCAGAUGGCGUGGAAAUGCAGCAAAUUUAUUAUUGGCUGAUCAAAUGGCCUCUGCAAAUGUAAAUGAAUUGGAGGAUGCUUUUGAUUCUGCAAUUAACCGAUACCGACCAAGAGUUGUUAGAGCUCUUCAGAAAGAAAGGAGGGCAACUUCUGUGGAUAGUAGAUUGUCCUCUCAUGAGUCAGGACUGGUAUCACAGGGUUCUGAUCUUUCUGAUGUCACGGAAUCCCCAAAAUCUUGUUCCAAGAGCCUGAGAAGUCAAGCAUCAAACGAGUCAAUAUUUUCUGAACUCUACAGGAGCCGCAUUGUAGCCAUUGACUCUGGUGUUCCUCGGAGGCCUCCUGCUGGAAAACGUGCAAAUGACCAGGCAAAUUACCCAAAAUUGGUCGAGUUACUUCUUAACUGUUCCGAUUACGCUUCUAAUUUGUUAUAUGAUAUAACUGGAGGGAAAUUAGGAUCUCCUUUAGAAGACCCCAACAUAACUGAUAUACGACCAACAGAAAUUACUGCAGUUGUUCAAGAAUUUCGUAGUGGAUUUCGUGCAGCUCUUAGGGAUCUUCAAAGUUUCCAUAUAUUCCUUCUAACACUUCACCAAAAAUUGGAUGCCCUAUUACGAGCAUUUUUAAACAUUACAAAUAGAACUGGGGACUUUGACAAGGAAGAUAUAGUGGUUCCUGAGUCACCUUUGCAUGGGGGUGUUCAUUGUCCUUCUUCACCAACGCCAAGUAAGGACAGGUUCCUUAAUGAUAAUAAUUCAGAUUUUAGUGAUUCAGAAUUGCAGAGAACAGCGCCAAGAUCAUCUUCAGGGAAUAAAGAAAAUUCAGACUCUCGUUCUCCCAUGGCCAAAGAAGGUUGGCAUGGAAAGUUUAAGGCGAGUGGGGAGCCCCUUCAUAGCCUCCGUUUGACAACAAAGCUUCGUGACAUCCAUAAAUUUGCCAAGGUUGAUACUGAAUCAAAUAAAGAACUGGAACAAUGGAAUGAGAUGCUGAGAAACGAUGCUAUCAAACUGUGUCAAGAAAACAAUUUCAAUACCGGAUUUUUCGAGGGCAGUGAUAGUAACUGUGUUGUUGAUGCUUAUGAAUUGAAGGUCAGACUAGAACACAUCCUUGAGAGAAUAUCAUUGAUUUCUGAUGCUGCAAACACAGAGAAACCAUCUUCAAUCACAAAUAGCUUGUUCAUUGGUGGGGCCUUAGCUGCUCGAUCCAUUUAUACUUUGCAACAUCUAGGAAUUACUCAUAUAUUGUGUUUAUGUGCCAAUGAAAUUGGACAAUCAGAUACUCAGUACCCUGAUCUAUUUGAGUACCGAAAUUAUUCAGUAUAUGACAAUGAAGAUUCAAAUAUUAGCAGCAUCUUUGAAGAAGCUUCUGAUUUUAUUGAUCAUGUUGAAUCAACGGGAGGGAGGGUUCUAGUUCAUUGCUUUGAAGGGAAGAGUAGAAGUGCCACAUUAGUUCUUGCUUACUUAAUGCUCAGAAAGAACUUCACGCUAUUACAAGCAUGGAAUGCCCUGAGACGAGUUCAUCGACGGGCUCAGCCCAAUGAUGGGUUUGCGAGAAUUCUAUUGGAUCUUGACCGAAAAUUGCAUGGAAAGGUGUCGAUGGAGUGGCAACAACGGAAGCCAACAAUCAAAGUCUGUCCAAUCUGUGGAAAGAAUGCUGGUCUAAGCAGCAGCUCUCUCAAGCUUCAUUUGCAAAAAUCGCAUAGGAAGCUAUCGUCGGGGAGCGUUGACAGUGCUAUGACUAUGGAAAUACAAAAAGCACUGGAUGCACUAAAAAUGACAAGUGGAAGCGGAAGUGGCAGUGUCAGCCCCCAACAGUCCUCUUCUGUUAUGGAUGACUUGGAACUCGUAUAAAUUCAGCACAACUAAUUUUCAGAUAUUCUUCUCCUGAGGCCGCCUACAUUUUUUAAUCCAUCGUUCGCAUGAAAAUUUUGAAAUUUAUUGCAAAUGAUGCUGGGGCAUGGGACCGGUAGGAAGAUUGUAAAACACAUUAUUGGUUGUAUAGUGGAAGGAAAAUAUAUUAUGAUUUGUUACGAGCGUUGUGUAUCACCAAUCCUUAUCACAAAUAUCAUUAUACAGUGCACAAAUAAAGUCUGGAACUGCCAAUCCUUUGACGGCAAGCUCCAAAAUCUAAAAUUGUAUGAUGCAACGAGACUCCUCUUACAUUGCAAAUGCUACAGCAUUAAUUUCAACACCCAUCGAUAGCACUCGAAAGAAAUGGGAAAAACUUAGCGACAGAGGAAAGACUGUAUUGCAGGUUGAAACUUUACAUAACAGUAACAACAACAAAGGAGUAUGGGGGAAAAAAAAAAAAAA